AUGCUGUGGAGCUGUGUGUUUGAUAUCAAACUCCAACGGUUCAUCAUCGUUCUCGCUGAUGUUGCGUCGCCCUUUGGCGAAUUUCUCUUGCAGCACGCGGAAAGCUUCGUCGACUUGUUGAAAACGUUCACUACUCGCCUCGUCGCUGUCCGCACCAAGCUGAAGAUCGGCCAGCAAAUUGGUCGCAAUGGCAGCGUUGGCAUCGAUCUUGUUGCCAUGUGUGUCAACGAUAUUCUCUGCAAUGGCGCUCAGCCCUACAGCUUCUCCAGCUAUUACGCUUGUGGCAAGUGGCAACAGCAGUUGGCCGACGAGGUCGCCAGCGGUGUCUACGAGGGUGCCCAACAGGCGGACAGCAGUUUCAUUUCUGCCCACACCGCCGCUCUCCCCUUGCUGUAUGAACCCCAAGUUUACGAUCUCGCUGGCUUUGCGCUGGGCAUCGCUGAGCGUGCUGGGAUUCUGCCGCGUGUGGAGGACAUACAACCAAGAGAUGUGCUGAUCGGAUUGCCAUCUUCGGGAGUGCACAGCAAUGGCUUCAGUUUGGUGCACGCGGUGCUCAAGCGAGUUGGGUUGGGUUUAACCGACAAGGCGCCAUUUAGUGAACGCACGCUGGGGGAGGAACUCCUGGUGCCCACCAAGAUCUAUGUGAAGGCGCUGGCACCGCUGCUCAACCAGCCCAAUCAUGGCAUCAAGGCGCUGGCACACAUCACAGGUGACGGCCUGACCGAGAAUAUACCGCGAGUGCUCCGCAAGGAUCUCGCUGUGCGUUUGGACGCCAACAACUUCCAAUUACCUCCGGUCUUUGCUUGGCUGGCAGCAGCGGGUAACAUCACACCGGAGGAACUGCAACGCACAUACAACUGUGGAUUGGGACUCAUCCUGGUGGUGAACCCCGCCCAGGUGAACACAGUGAUGCAGCACCUGCGCUACGCGGAACGUGCAUCGAUUGUGGGCGAGGUAAUUGCACGCAAGGAUGCGAAGAAGCCGCAAGUGCAACUGCAGCACUUUGAGGAGUCCCUAACACGCAGUCAACGCCAGCUGAAGUCGCCACGUCGCCGGGUCGCUGUGCUCAUCUCGGGCACUGGCAGCAACCUCCUGGCUUUGGUCAAAGCUACGAGGGAUUCCGCACAAGCGGUGCAUGCGGACAUUGUGCUGGUGAUCAGCAACAAAGCGGAUGUAUUGGGUUUGGAGCGUGCCAAGCAAGCGGGCAUUCCAUCGUUGGUCAUUUCACAUCGCGAUUUUGGCACUCGCGAGGAUUACGAUGCCGAAUUGACGCGUCACCUGGAGGCAGCUCGGGUCGAUCUCAUUUGCCUAGCCGGUUUUAUGCGUGUGCUCAGCGUUCCCUUCGUCCGUCAUUGGCGCGGUCGCCUGGUCAACAUUCAUCCCUCGUUGCUGCCCAAAUUCCCGGGACUCCAUGUCCAGCGUCAGGCUUUGGAGGCGGGUGAAACCGAAUCCGGUUGCACGGUUCACUUUGUGGAUGAGGGCGUCGACACGGGAGCCAUCAUUGUGCAGGCCGAGGUGCCCAUUCUAAAAGGCGACGAUGUCGACACUUUGACGCAGCGCAUCCAUCAGGCCGAGUAUUGGGCCUAUCCUCGUGCUUUGGCUCUGCUGGCAAGCGGCGCCGUUUCUCUGCCUCCAGAGAGCAAACCCGUCUCGAAGAAGAACUAA